AUGGACGAUCGCAUGCCAUCGACUCUCGAAGAGUUCUUGCAGAAUCACGUAUUGGAGAUUCCUACGGAAUGUCAAAUCUGCUUCGAGGGAUUUGACACGGGAAAUCAUACAGCGGUCCUAGCGACUAGCAAUCCGCGCUGUCAUCAUGUAUUCGGACUCAUUUGUCUGAUCAAAUGGCUCAAAAGCGACUUUGCGAGGAAGAAGGAAUGCCCAGUCUGUACGAACGUAUUCUACCAGUCGGAACCCAUCUCCAUGGUUCUUCGGCUCCGUAGGAUUCAAGCUCAACUUGACGCUAUUGGCGCCGCUGUCGCCCCGGACGCUCUGCCCACCGCUGGUCCUGUUGAUGCCGAAUUCUCCCUUGCCCGGGAAGUCGAAGAUUAUCUCCUUCCACAGAACAAGAACCGAAUUCUUGGCGUCCUGGUCGACGGGCUUCACGUUGAUGCUGUCCUCUUCACGUUUCACUUGGCGCUGUUCAAUUCUGCCGCCCUCAGAGCCCUCCGUGUCGGCCUCCUCGCCUGCCUUCAAGAUGCCACUAUUGCCAGCUCCACUGGCCACCCCCCUGCCAUAAUUGCAUCCCUUUGCACUGCCGUUCGCGACGCACUAGAAGACCCCUUCGCUUUGGUUCCAGUGCCUCCAGUGGCGUGGUUGGCACCCGCGGUCGCUGCUCUCCUUGUUCCCGACAGCCUAGGUAAUGUCAUAGUUAACCUUAUACAUUGGCUCAAUGCGUCUGAAACCUCCAACGCCUUCGCUAUCGCUCUUCUCAGUCCUGCUGUUGUGAACGCCUACCGGGCCAGCUUGCUCGCCCGCCUCGAAGAUCCCACUAUUGCCGAAGCCACGGGUCGCCCGGCUGCCUCUAUCGAAGAACUUUGCAUCAAUCUCCGCGCGGCUCUAGCACCCUUAGUUCCUGUACCGGUCGCUGACCCCGUUCAAAAUGCUGUAACGGAAGCGCCUAUCGUCCAGGCCGUGCCCGCCUCUUCAGUAGAAGCACAUCUCUCGAACCUCAUCCCGGACGACCAGGUAGACGAUAAUCUGUCCAUUACCCCAGCAGUCAUACGGGUGCUCACUCCUGCCCUUCUUGGUCGAGGCAUCGACGCCGCUGCUGUUGAGGCUCUCAACGCCCGAGAAAUGCACGUCGUCGAUACCAUGAUCGAUCCUGCCCGACUUCGCACCUUUCGCGCUAUGAUGCUCGACGACGCGACACUCUCUGAGCAGAAUCGUGCUGAAUUUCUUGCUGCAAACAACGCUGCUGCCCGAGAGGCUCCUGUUGUCCCUGCUAGCCCUGAGACUCCUCGGGCCGCCGUAGCUCCUGUCCAGCCUACUGCCGAGGCCUUGGCCCUGCGCGACACGAGAUUUAUACCCGCCAUGGAAUCUCGUGCCAUAGCGGACGUCUACUUCCGGGCGCUGAUGGGUGGUGCGGUCAACCAGGGUGCUCUCGACGCUCUAAACGCUCUUGAUCCCCGCAUCGCGACGUAUAUCUUGGACCCCGUCUGCCUUCAAGCCUCUCGCAUUAGGUUUCUGGCUGUCAGUGGCCACGGACGCGUCCCUGAACACAUCCGGGAACUAAUCCGCGCUGCCUAUGACGCUGCUGCCCUGGAGAAUCCCGUUCAUCCCGCAGCGCCUGCAGCACUAGUUGACAACGCCCCAGACCUACCAGUGCUUGGUUUUGCACUCAAUGUCUUCUUUGGAAUCAUUCUUGGUAUGGUCGUUGUCAUCAUGAUAGCGGGCGCUAUUGGAAUCCUUGGCUCUAUUCUUGAGAAGAUUGCUGGCUAUCAGCCCUGAUAGUGGCAUUUCCUUAGCGAAGUCUUCAGGCAUCGAAGACUAGGCAACGGAAUUGCGGACUUCUCUAACGCAACAGCCCGCAAAUACUUGUCUAGCGUGGUUUGCGGCGGCUGCAGUGGGCUAUUGCAGAUACGAAAGAGGAGUACUUUGAUGAAGCGGAAUUUUAGUUGGCUGCAGGAGGCCUAGAAAAGACCUUCUCCCUAAUGCGGUGAACAAUAUGCUCCUCGGGCAAUAAUUUGUAGCUAGCUAUGGCACCCGAACAGUCAGUCAUAAGGCAAGUCACCAAGACGCACGCCCUCACAAUGGAU